AGCGGUCUGCGUCCUCCUCUGAGCGCCGAGUGGGGUUGGAGGCGGGGCCGGACCGCGGCGCGGGGCCGCCGUGCUCCGCGCUCCUGGGCGUUCCUCCGCGCUGUGCACCCACAGGAGGAAGUCACAGGAAAACAAUCUAACCUCAGGUAAGAAUCUGAGUCAAAAUUUGGUGAAACUGAAGAGAAAUUGGACGUUCCCGUUGGCUCCCUAAGUACCUAUGGUAGGUCCGGGCUGAGAUGUUUUCCUUGGUGACCACUCGUCCACACAGCAGGUGGAGGGGGCAGGGGGCCGAGAGGAAACCCACCCUUCUCGGAGGCUCCAUUUCCUGCUCAGUAAAGUGAAGUUGGACUCUAGGGGGCAGAGUACGAGCAGGAUUGGUCAGGGAUGCAGGGCUGUUCAGACUGAAAUCAAAUACAGGCCGACCUCAGAUUCCGAUCCAGACCACCGCAGUGAAGCGAAUUAUCGCAAGAAGGAUUAUGGCAGGAAAAGUGAAAUGGGUCACUGAUAUCGAGAAGUCGGUGCUGAUAAAUAACUUUGAAAAGAGAGGAUGGGUCCAAGUGACAGAGAACGAGGACUGGAAUUUUUACUGGAUGAGUGUGCAAACCAUCCGCAAUGUUUUUAGUGUCGAAACUGGCUACCGGCUCUCAGAUGAUCAAAUAGUCAACCAUUUCCCGAACCACUAUGAACUGACGCGGAAGGAUCUGAUGGUGAAAAACAUCAAGAGAUACAGGAAAGAGCUGGAGAAGGAAGGGAGUCCUUUGGCAGAGAAGGACGAAAGUGGGAAAUACCUCUACCUGGACUUCGUCCCCAUCACCUACAUGCUGCCCGCCGACUACAACCUGUUCGUGGAGGAGUUCAGGAAAAGCCCCUCCAGCACCUGGAUCAUGAAACCUUGUGGCAAAGCCCAGGGAAAGGGCAUCUUUCUGAUCAACAAGCUCUCGCAAAUCAAAAAGUGGUCCCGGGACAGCAAAACAUCUUCGUUCAUGACUCAGUCUACCAAGGAAGCCUACGUGAUCUCUCUGUACAUUAACAACCCGUUACUAAUCGGCGGCAGGAAGUUUGACCUGCGCUUGUAUGUUCUGGUGUCUACGUACCGCCCACUGCGCUGCUACAUGUAUAAACUUGGAUUUUGCCGCUUUUGCACAGUAAAAUACACCCCGAGUACCAGUGAGCUGGACAACAUGUUUGUUCAUCUCACCAACGUUGCCAUUCAGAAACACGGGGAGGAUUACAACCACAUCCACGGGGGCAAGUGGGCCGUGAACAACCUGCGGCUGUACCUGGAGAGCACCCGAGGCAGGGAGGUGACCGGCAAGCUGUUCGACGAGAUCCACUGGGUCAUCGUGCAGUCCCUGAAGGCCGUGGCGCCCGUGAUGAACAACGACAAACACUGCUUUGAGUGCUACGGCUAUGACAUCAUCAUCGACGACAAGCUGAAGCCCUGGCUGAUCGAGGUGAACGCGUCCCCAUCCCUCACCUCCAGCACUGCCAACGACCGAAUCCUUAAGUAUAACCUGAUUAAUGACACCCUCAACAUUGCCGUCCCUAACGGCGAAAUUCCAGACUGUAAAUGGAACAAGUCACCCCCAAAGGAAGUCCUUGGCAAUUAUGAGAUUCUGUACGACGAGGAGCUGGCACAGGGCGACGGGGCUGACCGAGAGCUGAGAAGUCGGCCGGGCCAGUCGCUGGGACCCAGAGGGGGCCGAUCUAGAGACUCCGGGAGAAGCGUCCUCACAACCUGGAAGUGACCACCAGCGAGAGCAAGACUCCAGCCUGCACCCACCCUUGCUGAAGACCUAUUUUGGAAACUUCCUUUUUCUAGAGCUUUUUUCCUUUCCUAAACCCUGUAAAUAAAUAAAGGCAUUUCUUUGGAAGGUUAA